UGAGCAGCAGCGACACUUCGGUGACAAGCACCGGAAAGCAGCGACCUGGUCGAGGGGUACAGUCAGUGGUGAGAAAACACGCGCAAAGACCAGAAACUCUCCGCAAACGUCCAUCUGCUUACCUGGAAGAAUAGUUAACCGAACACCGCCAUGGGUAACCGGGUUCCGCGUGAGGACUACGAAUGGGUGUACACAGACCAGCCUCAUGCCGACAGGAGGAAAGAGAUCUUGGCCAAAUAUCCAGAAAUCAAGUCACUGAUGGGCCCUGACCCGAGGCUCAAAUGGAUCGUGUGUAUGAUGGUUGCCAUCCAGUUUCUAGCCUUCUAUUUGGUCAAAGACCUGGACUGGAAGUGGGUCUUGUUCUGGACUUAUACAUUUGGGAGCUGUGUCAACCACUCUAUGACACUUGCUAUUCAUGAAAUAUCUCAUAACACAGCUUUUGGAAACAACAAGGGAACGUGGAAUCGUUACUUUGCGAUGUUUGCAAACCUGCCCAUUGGCCUGCCAUAUUCAGCCUCUUUCAAGCGCUACCACCUGGACCAUCACCGCUAUCUGGGUGGAGAUGGAGUGGAUGUGGACAUCCCCACAGAGUUUGAAGGCUGGUUCUUCUGCACACGUUUUCGCAAGUUUGUCUGGAUCAUUCUGCAGCCACUUUUCUACGCUGUCCGUCCAUUGUGCAUCAACCCCAAACCCAUCUCUCAGCUGGAGCUCACCAAUCUUCUCAUCCAGACCAGUUUCAAUGUUCUGCUGUUCUGGCUGUGGGGGGCUAAGCCUGUGGUCUACAUGAUGGCUGGCUCUUUGUUGGGGAUGGGCCUGCACCCCAUCUCUGGUCACUUCAUUGCAGAGCAUUACAUGUUCCUUAAAGGCCACGAGACCUACUCGUACUAUGGGUCUCUCAACCUGCUGACCUUCAAUGUGGGCUAUCAUAAUGAGCACCACGACUUCCCAAGCAUCCCCGGACGCAGGCUGCCCAUGGUAAAGAAGAUUGCUGCAGAGUACUAUGAGGACCUGCCCCAGUAUACAUCUUGGGUCAGAGUUCUGUAUGAUUUUAUCAUGGACGACACACUUAGUCCAUACUCCCGCAUCAAGAGAAAGCUCAAAGGAGACGUUAAACAGGAGUAAACUUUAAAACUACCAACCUCCCCUCGUCCUACAGCCUUGUUCUGCCACAGGCUUUCAGACCUGGCAGGCUGGAGCUGUAUGUUGUGACUGUGACAACCAGGGUACAGGCCUGUGAGACAGUGCAGGAUUAAACCCGUCAAUUCUGUCCAGGGGACAAAUUUAUUAAUUUCACAUUUCUAUUGACACUUACUAAAAUAUAUGAUCUAACUCUGGCAGAACUGCAGAAAGCAUUGUAUCUUUGUUUCCUGACAUCCAUCUGUUGACAAAUUUAGAUAAAUUUGAAUGUUUCUACAAUGGAUUGUUUGUUCCAACAAACACUCCCUUGUAGAAGCAAGGAGUCAUCUUAACCAGGCCAGUGUUAAGUAGCCCAAACAACUGCUGAUGAACUUUGAACUUGUGUCCAUCGCUGACUGUCCGUUCUCAAUGAUAAGCCGAGUGACUCUUGAUAAAAUUGAAAUUGUUGCACCUUUGCUGAUUGUUUGAGCUGUUAUGAUGACCCAUGCACAUGUGGUGUUACUGAUUAAGUGCCUUUUAUUUGUUUGAGAUGUAUGUAUUGAGAAGAUUUAAAGGUCACAUUAAGAGUUCUGUUGUUCAGCAGUAUUUCUGUUCCAUUUUAAUUCAGUUGGAUUAAAAUCUCCCACAGCUAUUUAAAUAUAUAUCUUUAAAUAACUUUUCUUACUCCCAUUCUCAACUGACUAAACAGCUUAGUUGGAUAUAAAAUUAUAUUUUAUGUAAACUAAUAAAAUGAUAUUUCUGUAACUGUUA